UAAAACUGAACACCAUGAAGGUUCUUAUGGUGUUUGCACUUGCUGUAUUUACCGGUUGCCAGGCCAACCUAUUCUAUGCUGAUGAGCCCAAGCCACAGCUGGAGCAGCUGACAGAUGCUUUCUGGAGCUAUGUUGCCAAAGCAACACAAACCACAGAGGAAACCGUCAAGAUGAUCAGGUCUUCCCAACUGGGACAGGAAGUCAAUACUAGGCUGACCCAGAGUGCCGAUAUGGCCAGCGAUUAUGCCGUCACCCUCAAGAAACAGGUGGAUGCUCUGGCAGAAGAGCUGAUGACCAAAAUCACCAAGGAGGCUGAAGUGUUGAGGGAGCGUCUGGGCCAGGACUUGAUCAACGUAAGAGACCAACUGGAACCCUAUGCUGACAACCUCAAGAGCCAGAUCCAGCAGAGAGUGGAGGAGCUCAGGACGGCCAUGGCUCCAUAUGCUGACUCCCUGGAUUCUGAGACCCUGAAGGCCACUCUGCUCCAGAAGAGUGAGGAGCUGAGAGGAAACCUGGAGCAGAGCGUGAAGGAGCUGCAGGCUCAGCUGGAGCCCUACACUGCUGAGAUCAAGGAGAAAGUGGACCAGCAUCUGCAGGAGUUUCAGAAGACCGUGACCCCCCUGACUGAGGACCUUCAGACCCAGAUCAGAGAGAAAGCCCAGAUGGUCGAGCAGAGUCUCACACCCUAUGCCGAAGACCUCAAGGAAAAGCUGGACCCCUACGCACAGGACCUGCAGGCCCAGCUCACCUCCCUGUACGAGUCCUUCGUCAAGAGAAAUUAGAUGCUUCAAAG